CCCCGCUCGGCACCGCCUCCCCAGCGAUCCCCGCAGUCAGUGGAGCAAAAUUCUGACCGGCGUUCGGGAAGCCCAAUCAGGAGCUGUGGACCCGAGGCCGGAGACCCAACGGAGGGGAAGAGAAGAGAAGCGAAGCUGCCUCUGGCCGGAAGCCGGGUGGCAGCGGUAGCGCGGAAGGAGCUCGGCGGGCAGGUAUUUUCAUCUGGCAAGAAUGGGUGAGCCUCAGCAAGUGAGUGCCCUUCCUCCACCCCCAAUGCAAUAUAUAAAAGAAUAUACGGAUGAAAAUAUUCGUAAAGGCCUGGCACCGAAGCCACCUCCCCCCGUGAAAGACAGCUACAUGAUGUUUGGUAAUCAGUUUCAGUGUGAUGAUCUGAUCAUUCGCCCCUUGGAGAGCCAGGGUAUUGAACGGUUACAUCCAAUGCAGUUUGAUCACAAGAAGGAAUUGAGAAAACUGAAUAUGUCUAUCCUGGUCAACUUUUUGGACCUCUUGGAUAUUUUGAUAAGGAGUCCAGGCAGUAUAAAGCGAGAGGAGAAACUGGAAGACUUGAAACUGCUUUUUGUUCAUGUCCACCAUCUUAUAAAUGAGUAUCGCCCUCAUCAAGCGAGGGAGACUCUGAGGGUCAUGAUGGAGGUGCAGAAACGUCAGCGUUUGGAAACAGCAGAACGAUUUCAGAAGCACUUGGAGCGAGUUGUAGAGAUGAUUCAGAACUGCUUGGCAUCCUUGCCUGAUGAUCUGCCUCAUUCAGAAGGGGGAUUGAGAGUGAAAGUGGAAGCAAUGGAUACUGAUGAUGGUAGCAACUGUAUAGGGCAGAGCGAAAAGCAGAGAGAGCGUUCCAGUAGCAACAGAGAUCAGGUCUUAGACAAAGAUGCAGCUAUGUGUAGCAUUAUUGAUGAAAUGACAUGAAGAAAACACUUUUUUUUUCAUUAGCUCACCACAGUGAGAGGCAGAAUGGAUUUUAGGGUGUAUGUUCUGUUUUGUUUCCUUGUUAUACAAGCAGACGAAGUGUUUUUAUAUGUAGCUGUUGGAAGUUGUGAAUGGCUGGGCAGAUGAAAAUGUUUAACAUGUUUUGAGUUCUGUGUUUAUUGAUAGAAAUAAAAGUGUGCUUUUUGUUAAGUGUGCAAUGUGAGGUGGUAGCCACAGAUUAAAAGUAGUUUUUCUGUU